AUGGAUGCACCUUUGACCCGUGGUCCUUUGGCUGAAAGACUGCAAAAGGAACAGACAAGAGUGCAUCCAAUUAGCAGUACUCCAUUAAAUACAUCACACAAUUCUAGUGUUGUUUCGAUGAAAACACCCAGCAAAGGGUUGAACAGGUCUGUGGCAAGUCUGGGACAUAAGUCCCAGCCAUGCAAGACUCCAGGAUCUGGAGGACGAAAGAAAACUCCCGGCAAAGGUGUGAGAACUCCCUCAGCAGCAGAUAGAUUUAUUCCCAACAGAAAUGCAACCCAGUUUGAUGCAUCACACUAUAAGCUCUGCACGCAGACCCAAGUAAAUGAAGAGACAUGGUCCACGAUGAGCCCGUCUCAACAAGAAUUUAAACAGGUUAUGGCGGAGAAUUUGAAUGGGGAAUCUUUGCAGAAGAAGAUCAUUUCUUUCAAUGAAAAACCUCCCCAAGCUCCAGAAGGUUACCAGAAUGAUCUGCGUGUCUUGUACAGCACUAGCAAGAUUGCAGGCAGCAUGAAGAAGAUGACCAGGUACAUACCUCAGGUGCCGGAACGUAUCCUGGACGCACCAGACAUUAUAGAUGAUUACUAUCUCAGUUUGAUAGACUGGUCAGUGCACAAUGUGUUGGCUGUUGCCCUGGGAGGAAGUGUCUACCUGUGGAGUGCUUCUACCGGUGACAUUACAUUGUUGAUGGACCUCAAAAGUCCCUCAGGAGAUUACAUCAGCUGCACAAACUGGACAGCAGAUGGGAACCACUUGGCUUUGGGGCUCAGUACAGGAUCUGUUGAGCUUUGGGAUGCUGCAUGUCAGAAAAAGCUACGAACAAUGAAUGGGCAUGCUGCAAGAGUAGGUGCCCUGUCAUGGAACUCUCACAUUCUCAGCAGUGGGAGUCGAACUGGCAGCAUUCAUCACCAUGAUGUUAGAGUGGCAGAGCACCAUGUAGGAACACUGCAAGGUCAUUCACAAGAAGUGUGUGGGCUGAAGUGGUCUCCUAGCGGGAAAUACCUGGCUAGUGGUGGCAAUGACAAUCUACUCAACAUAUGGCAGGCGGGCGGCGGCUCGCUGUUGACCUCCAGUGAACCUUUGUACACAUUUAACCAGCACCAGUCAGCUGUGAAGGCUUUAGCAUGGUGUCCGUGGCAACCUCAUGUCCUGGCCAGUGGUGGAGGGACGGCUGACAGACAUAUUCGAUUCUGGAACUGUAAUAAUGGUGCAAGUCUGAGCUCAGUGGACACCCGCUCCCAGGUGUGUGCCCUGUUGUGGUCUGAAGAAUACAAAGAGCUGAUAUCUGGUCAUGGAUUCAUGCAAAACCAACUCAUCAUUUGGAAAUAUCCUUCUAUGAGCAAAGCUGCCGAGCUCACAGGUCACACUGCUAGAGUCCUUCACAUGUGUCUCUCCCCUGAUGGUACAACAGUUGUCUCUGCCGGAGCAGAUGAAACCCUGCGACUGUGGAAAUGCUUUGCCGUGGAUGAGCAGACGAAAAAGACAAAAUCAAAAUCACAGGGUGGCGACGCAAGAUCCUGUUUGAGGCUGCACAUGAGAUAA